UUACGUCAGACGUCGGCCGGCUGCCUAUCGAUAAGGCGGAAAACAGUGCCAAUUCGCGCUCGCGUGAUUCGUCCUUCAUCCGAACUUCGUUGCUGGUGUCACUAUGAGUCUUUCGUCGAGGUUACUGCGGCCGGCUACAAGGGCGCCGUGGAGGAUCACAAGGGCGCAGCGAUGGAGAGGUUAUGCGACCGUGGAGGUGCCUGCGUCAAAGCUCAGCUUUGGGCAGCCGCUGCAUGAGACACACCCUCACCUGCUGAAGCCUGGGGAAAUCACGCCCAACAUUACUGCCCUUGAAUAUUGGGAACGCCGCCAAAAGCUGGCCAAACAGCUCCCGCCCAACUCGAUCGCCAUCCUCGCCGGCUCGGACCUGAAGUAUGCUUCAGGCGCAGUCUUCUACAAGUUCCACCAGGACCCAGACUUUCUUUACCUGACCGGCUUCAAGGAACCAGACGCCCUUGCUAUUAUCGAGAAGCAAGAAGACGAUGACCACAUCUUCCACCUCUACGUACGACCAAAAGAUGUCAAGGCCGAGAUCUGGGAAGGUGCACGCUCAGGUGUAGCGGCCGCUGAGGAUGUCUUUAAUGCUGAUGUCGCCGGCGACAUCAAUCAGCUACCCCGAAUCCUCCCCGAAAUUAUCACGCGAUCGAAGAACAUCUUCACCGACCUGCCCGGCAGCCGCGUAUCGAAGAACGUUCUGUCGAGGUUCUUGUCAGGCUCUGAGCCAGCACGAAUUGGAGGCAUUCAGAAGGUCUUCCGUGACGCGCGAGACGAGAACGAUAUUUCGAUGAAACCCCUGCGGCCGCUGCUGAAUGAACUCCGGGUCAUCAAGAGCGAUGGAGAAGUCCAGAACAUGCGCAGGGCAGGGAAGCACUCUGGUCGCGCUAUCACAGAUGCUAUGCGCCAGUCUUUCACAGCUGAGAAGGAUCUUGAUUCUUUCCUUGACUACUGGUUCAAGCAGGAUGGCUGCGACGGUCCUGCCUACGUUCCCGUUGUCGCAGGUGGCAUCAACGCCAACACCAUCCAUUACGUAUCGAACGACAUGCAGUUGAACCCCAACGACCUCGUUCUAGUCGACGCAGGUGGACAAUACGGUGGCUAUGUCACUGACAUCACACGCACAUGGCCUGUCUCUGGCAAAUUCACGCCUGCCCAACGGGAUCUCUACACUCUUCUUCUCAGUGUCCAGAGAUCAUGUGUAGCUCUUUGUCGGGUUUCUUCGCAGCUGUCACUUGAUAAGUUGCACCAGAUCGCAUCUAACCAAAUUCAUGAUGGUCUCAAGGACCUCGGUUUCGACAUGUCGAAUGACGCUAUCUACAAACUGUUUCCCCACCACGUUGGUCACUACCUCGGUCUCGACGUACAUGAUAGCCCAGGCCUGACAAGAACCCGAUACUUUGAGAAGAACAUGGUUGUCACUGUCGAGCCCGGGAUAUACGUUCCUGAUGAUGAGCGGUGGCCGAAGUGGGCAAGAGGCAUCGGUAUGAGAAUUGAGGACAGUGUUUGUGUGGACGAGGAGAGUCCUUAUGUAUUGACUACAGAGGCUGUCAAGGAGAUUGUGGACAUUGAGGCCCUGAAGGGUACCGAGACGGUUAUAUGAAGCAUUGGCUAGCUGCAAAACUAACUUGUAGUAUACGAACAUUACUGUACUAUAUCUUGUUUGCCUAACCUGGAUAAGGCAACUUACAAUUACGCUGUUGCUAAUUAAUUCAAAUGCAUUCCACGUGUUACGUAGCUCCAUUGUCAAGGUGAAAGACGCUUCCUCAGCUCAGGGUAUUUUCGUAGGUUUAGCGUGUAUAAGCCCGUAG